GUUCUUUCUUCGCGUGGGUCAUCUCAACUUGUUGUAGAGUCAACCACUGCAAGGUAAAUCCCUCAAAUAUUUCACAUUAUGAAAUGUCAUCAUAUUUCAGGUUUAGGCCUAAAUGUUCAACUUUAUGAGCUUGGCUAGGUUUGGUGACAAGUUUAGCGAUAUAACGGUAUCAUGCCCUCACUCUCUUACAAUUUUGUUGUUUAUCGUUAGUUCUUUACAUAAGUUGAUUUUUUACAAAUAUAACUUGUGAAAUUGUCAAAAGUAACGAUGUGGAUAGCUGUGAUUGCCGUUGCCAAGCUGGUUCUGCCCGCGGUGCGGUGGGCUACAGGUGCUCGCAGGGGUUGGCCGGUUUUGGAGAUGCCAACGGCCAAGGGCUACUGACUGUACAAUGUAGCCACUAGCUAUGUAUCAUUUAAGCAAGCUUUAUAAACAUUAUUUGUGACAUGAUAGUGCCCACAGUCCUCCAAAGACAUAAUAGCCUACUGGAGAACGAGACUGGCAUUUGGGUAUAUUUAAGCAAUAAGGGCAUGAGGGGGUGUGGUAUAUGGCCAGUAUACCACAGCUAAGGGCUGUUCUUAAGCAUAUGCAACGCAGAGUGCCUGGAUACAGCCCUUAGCCGUGGUAUAUUGGCCAUAUACCACAAACCCCCGAGGUGCCUUAUUGUUAUUAUAAAUUAGUUACCAACGUAAUUAGAGCAGUAAAAAUAAAUGUUUUGUCAUACCAGUGGUAUACAUCUGAUAUACCACGGCUGUCAGCCAAUCAGCAUUCAGGGCUCGAACCACCCAUAAUUUAUAAUUAUGUUUAUAGUUUAUAAUUGGAAUUCAAUAGCCUAUAAUAACACGCAGCUCUCUGUCUGCACCUGCACAGAUUAUCAGUGAUCCAAGAAUAAGGAUCGAGGUGACCGCUCAGCACGCUCUGCCACUGAACUAUUUGGAGGGCAUUAAAGCAGCUAUAGGAGACUUGACUGUACAAAGCUGUACGAUCUUAAUAAUCUUGCAGCAACAGGAAAUGUAAAUUAUUAUGUGGAUUAUAAUUAAUGAACAUUUUGGUAGCUGAUACAUUUUUCUUAAGGGAAAAUCAAGUCUUAAAAAAAUAUUGCCUUUUGAGUGACUAAAAUAUCACCUAUAAUAUUUUUGGGGGAAAUAUUAGAGAAAAUUACUUUUUCUCUCAUGGCUAACUACUUAAGUCGCUCUGGAUAAGAGCGUCUGCUAAAUGACUAAAAUGUAAAAAUGACUGUUGCUUCUACAUUGAUCAAGUUUGAUCAUAAAGUUACUGAAUGACAGUGAGUGCAUUUUUUUUUUUUUUUUUUCAUACUGGCCCCCCGUGGGAAUCGAACCCACAACCCUGGUGUUGCAAAUGCCAUGCUCUACCAACUGAGCUACACAGGACUAUUUUUCAUCUAGUUUCAUCCAAAUAUCAUUACAUUUCAUGAAAAACAUGAUUUUGACUGUUGAUGGCCUUUAGAUUUAAAAGUGAAAAUGAUCAGUUUUACACUACAAGUUUUAUAUAUCCUGCAUUGCAGGAAAGUUCUCCUGCAACAAGGUGAUCAAACUAAGAUCCUACAUCUGUAUUGUAGCCCACUAUAAUGGGAGCCGAUGGACAGAUAGGGCACAGGCAUUCAUUCAUGGAAGUGAAGUCUCUUUCGCUCUCACACUUAUGGAGGUGCGUUCUUUUAUACUGUAGUCUUGAAACUUGAAACUAGUCGCGUUUCGUUGUCACCCUCUCGUACAAGCACACACUUUCUGUCAUUCUUAUCAGACAGAUUGAGCUCCACAGAGGCUGUUGAGUCUCCCGGUCACCAUUCUCUGGCCACUGUUGCCUGCUUCCAGGAAUUGUAUUUAUUUUGGGCAUUGAAUGUCAGUUGGACAGAACUACAGAGCCUGUUUGUGUGCGUCCGUUCGUGUUGGUGAUAGGCAGCCUGCUGUGUGUGUGUGUGUGUGUUUGUGUGUGUGUGAUGGUGGAGAGGGAAAGGGUCUGUGGCACUGGUAUGUGACAAUGCACAUGGCUUGACAUGUGAAAUCAUGAGGGGAGUUGUUGUUGAGAAUAAUGGUUGUGACUGACCAUAUGAAGCUGUGGUUAUGAAACUGGUCAGAGAUGUUACAAGUGCAGCCAUCCACAUCAAAUUGGUUCUCUGUCAUGGAGUCUAUGGAGUAGAGAAUAAGUCCACUAACAGAGGAGGAGUCUCUCGUGACAGACCGUUACACUGAGAUUUGGCUCUAGGUGCCUGAAUUAACAGAGGAGUAAUAUUGUGAAAAGGGGGUUGAUUUCCCCCAUUUCUUGUGAUGAGACAGAGAAAUAGGCCUUUUCACAGACAACCUGGUAUUGAAAAGGCACAUUAUUCAGAUUGAUUGUCUCAUCACAGAAAAUUACAUUUUUUAGAUUUUCUUCUCCUUUUCACAAUUUUACCUCAGAGUUACGCGUCACCUCAAUCUCCCCUUAGCAGAGGUCUGUGUGGAGGUUCACAUCAGGUGAGUCCAGUUUACAACGUCUUCCACAUUGAUAAUUGCUGUGGGAUCACUACCACCAUCCCCCAGGGUAGACUACCGGUGCUUAGCCCAGCUCACUGUGCUCUCCCUGGGGUAACAAGACUAAAACUGUGGGUAUUGUCUGGAGUUCUUUUUUACAGAGUGCCCAGUGUGUACAGAGCUAUAGAGAGACAAGAGGCUCACUCUAACCCUAACUAACCCUAACCACCAAAUAUGAUUUGUUGGUAACACUUGCACCUGUAGCUAAAAUAAUGCUUUAUAGCUUGUAAUAAGAAUGUAUGAGCCUUUAUAAUGUCUUAAAACUUAAACUGCCGGGCCUCGCUCCCGCCCCUAUUACGUCAAUGAGCAGCCAUUUUGUAUACAUUUCAUAUGCUGUCAGAAAAUAGUACGUGUUUUGGAAACCUCAUAAUCGGCUCUUUCUGAUACAAUAUAGAAAUCAAAACAUCUUACCUACAUGUGACUUUGUAGGAGGAUUUGAAAAAGUCACUUUUUGGCGCUUUGGGGAAAAUAAUGACAUGUCCUCUUGAAACUGCUUAUAACACAAAUUCUGUUCAUGAUAUCGAAAUUCUAACAACAUACGUGUGUUAAAUAGGGGCAGGCAAUCGGUAGGUCAAGGCAGGCAAAGAGUCGUAGCGAAACACCAGUCUCAACGUCAACAGUGAAGAGGCGACUCCGGGAUGCUGACCUUCUAGGCAGAGUUGCAAAGAAAAACCCAUAUCUCAGGCUGGCCAAUAAAAAUAAAAGAUGGGCAGUCUGAGAUAUGGCUUUUUCUUUGCAACUCUGCCUAGAAGGUCAGCAUCCCGGAGUCGCCUCUUCACUGUUGACGUUGAGACUGGUGUUUCUUUGCGGGUACUAUUUAAUGAAGCUGCCAGUUGAGGACCUGUGAGGCGUCUGUUUCUCAAACUAGACACUCUAAUGUAUUUGUCCUCUUGCUCAGUUGUGCACCGGGGCCUCCCACUCCUCUUUCUAUUCUGGUUAGAGCCAGUUUGCGCUGUUCUGUGAAGGGAGUAGUACACAGCGUUGUACGAGACCUUCAGUUUCUUGGCAAUUUCUCACAUGGAAUAGCCUUCAUUUCUCAGAACAAGAAUAGACUGAUGAGUUUCAGAAGAAAGUUAUUUGUUUCUGGCCAUUUUGAGCCUGUAAUCAAACUCACAAUUGCUGAUGCUCCAGAUACUCAACUAAGUCUCUCUGGAUAAGAGCGUCUGCUAAAUGAUGGUUGUGCUUCUUUAAUCAGCACAACCGUUUUCAGCUGUGCUAACAUAAUUGCAAAAGGGUUUUCUAAUGAUCAAUUAGCCUUUUAAAAUGAUAAACUUGGAUUAGAAAACACAACGUGCCAUUGGAACACAGGACUGAUGGUUGCUGAUAAUGGACCACUGUACGCCUAUGUAGAUAUUCCAUAAAAAAUCAGCUGUUUCCAGCUACAAUAGCCAUUUACAACAUUAACAAUGUCUACACUGUAUUUCUGAUCAAUUUGAUGUUAUUUUAAUGAUGUUAUUUUAAUGGACAAAAAAUGUGCUUAUCUUUCGAAAACAAGGACAUUUCUAAGUGACCCCAAACUUUUGAACGGUAGUGUAUAUAUAUUAGUACAGGGCACAAGGUUGACCGACAGUCACAGGGCAUUCAGUGAAAACUUUCUCUGACUAACUCACUCUCACUGCUAAGAGGGACUAACAGCUGGUAAGCAUAGAGCUUUCAACUGUUCCUUUAGCCGUAUGGACUCUUUGGUUGACCGUGUGGACAUCUGAAGAUUUGCUGAAGGUGUGAGAUUUACUGAAGAGCUUAUAAACUAUUAUUAAAUGGUUUGUUAACUAUUAGUAAACUGCCAGACAUAGUACAUUUUGGGCAUAUUAACACAUAUAAAUAAUGUUACCAUAGUAAAUGUACAACAUAUUUAUUAAGAUAUAGCCUAGAAAUAAUUUUGUAGACAUUUAAAUAUGGUAUGUUGACAGACAACUGCUGUUGCAAUAGGCCUGACAGAAACAAAGACAUUCUGUCAUUAAAUGGAAUGGCGGUGUUGUGUGUUGACCAUGUUGUAUAUGGUCUGCUCAUUUCCGAUUCCUGUAUUUGUGUUUUCCUCCUCAGGACUUUUAUGAAUACCGGUAAGCAACAGAAGCCAGUGCUAACAGGCCAGCGGUUCAAGACCAGGAAAAGGGGUGAGUUGAGUUAUGACCACAGACAGCUGUCUACGUCCAAUGUCAAUGCCUAAUGUUUACCACGUACAGUAUGUUGGCAAGACAACAUGCAUGGUGUUAAAUUGCAAUACCAAUAUGUUGGCAAGACAGCAGACACAGUGUUAAGUUGCAAUACCAGAUACUUGAACCUGUUUCUUAAAUCAACUGCCUCUUUGAGACUGUGUGUAAGAUGUCUUGAUUAUCUUUGAAGUCUCACCGCCAUCCAAUGUGUCAAUGCACACUUUUAGCUCAGAUUUCUCCUAUUAAGAUCUGCUUCUUGGUAAGGGACCGGCAAAGGGAUAGCAGGGUACUUCUCUUCUCUCCUCUUCUCUCCUCUACUUUCCUCUCUUCUCUUCUGUUCUCCUGUUUUCUCUCCUCUCCUCUUCUCUUCUCUCUCGCUCCACACAUAAACACAGACUAUAAACACUCUUCGCUUCUAGGGUUCUGUUUAAUCUCUCUGUUACAGCAAUAUAUUGCUGUUGUGGCUUGACAUUCCCUCUUACACAACACCGACUACAAUCCAGCCUGGCCACAGACUGGGUCCCAGUCAUUAAGAUGUUAAAGUUCCUAGAAUGUCAAAGCAUCGGUGUGUGACCAUGUAACAGCUAGCCUCAGUGUGAGCAGAGCAUGUCACUGUCGCUGGCAGCAGUGGCAGGACACAGGGCAGAGAUGAACUAGCCUGGUCCCAGAUCUGUUUGUGGUGUCUUGGCAACUCUCAGACAUGACAGCACAAACAGAUCUAGGACCAGGCUAUAGCUGAACUUCCUCCCAGUACAAUGGGUGUCAUUAUGAACAUUACUCACAGAGCAGAAGGACAUGUAAGUGUUGUAGGAACAUUGGGUUCAUACUCCGUGGGGCACCUUGUUGAUUCUCUUGAUCCGUGUGUUGAUACCCGGAGAGCUGUUAAUGAAGGGGACAUCGUUUGGACAAUGUGUUCUUUGUGAAAAAGACAGAGGAUUAAUCAGGGAGGCUAACCCUCCCCCAGGCCAAGUAGCAGCUAGUCCCAUCAGGGCAGUGUCCCUUGUCCUCAUCACACCUUGGCUGGGGAACUGAAGGGUUGUCUGUGAAGCUGCCAAAUGUACAACUGUAGCUAUACAAUAUGUAUUGACUUUUAGCCCUAGAGAUCAUUCACUAACAUCAUGUGCAUACGGCAGGGUUCCCCAACUGGCGGCUUGCGGGCGAUUCUAUUUGGACCCCAAGCUUUCUGAGCAAAAAUAAAUAAAACAAGUAUUUUUUAUUUUAUUUUAUUGUUGGACAUAAAAGACUGUAAAAACACCAGGAAAUCAACUCCAAGUGAUUUACAUUUUGGAAAUGUGUUCCAAAGUAUUCCCACGCAUAAUAGAGAGAUUGAAUACAAAUGUAAACAAGGUUUGAAAUGAUUCUGUUUUAGUCAAAUAUUAUAUCUGUUUGGGCUUCUUACGGUCAAUUUGCAAUCUACAAAUUAUUUGUAAUUAUGUUCCGGUCCCCCGACCAUCCGCUCUAAAAAAUCAGCCCGCGGCUGAAUCUAGUUGGUGAUCCCUGGCAUACAGUAUAUAUUAUGCAUGGUUUACCAUACCUCACUUUCUGAUGUUAACUGUGUUAGGGUUUGAUAAAAAUGACUGUAUAUACAACACUAAUGUCCUCCUCUGCCUUGUCCCUCUCCACCCAGAUGAAAAGGAGAAGUUUGAGCCCACAGUUUUCAGAGACACAAUCAUUCUGGGCCUCAACGAAGCAGGAGGGGACCUCGAUGCUGUAGCCAAGUUCCUGGACGUUACCGGGUCCCGACUCGACUACCGUCGCUAUGCCGACACCCUCUUCGACAUCCUCAUCGCGGGGAGCAUGCUCGGUGAGUGGAGUGCAGUGAAUUUAGCAGGCAACUCGAACCCGGUUCCCAGGACUGUCAGUCCAUAACGUUAGCCAUUACACCAAGAGGUCUGCACCGCUUGAUGAUGUCGAUAGGUGUUAUACUAAGGUAGCUACAGUGUUAUGGUUAUCUGCACCGUGUCAGCUCACUGCUCAGUGGUGGAACAUCGUGGUCCUUUCGUAUCAGUACUGUGCACAGUGUUACUGUCCCCCAGUGUCCAUCCUUGAACCAGCUGAUCGAAGUAACCGGGCUGUCCAUUCAGGCAAGGACAAACUUACAAACAGAUCACAGCUGGCUUUGUCAGAUUAUCAGGGUCAUUUCCCAUUAUCAAAGACAUCCGGGAGAGACUGUUCUUCAGUAGACUGUGUAUCAUCAAGCUGGAGGCAUGCACCUGCAUGAACCCACCUGGGUACCAUAUCGCUGGAUCAGAAAGGAGAAAGUUUGUUAGAACACAAGGCAGGAAAGGAAAAUCCUACACUUGUGGUACUAGGCUUUAGAAACGUAAUUCAUGUCCAAAUCGGAAAUAUAUACACUACUGUGAUGGAGCAAUACUGUAGCCUCUGUCUUGUUGACUGCUGGUCAAUGUUAAGCGAGUGAACUGCUGUGACCUGCCUUUAUGUGCCUAAGCUGGUAGAUUUACCCUAUAAUCACUCUGUCUUUCUCCCCACCCACUCCUUGUUUACAUGGAUGGGUCCUCACACACACAGUCUGUCUCUGACCGGCUCACACACACACACGCACACACAUACACACGCUAUCUCUCUUGCACACGCACACAGACACACAUUCACACACGCUCAUUCACAUCCUGACAUGUUUAAUCUGUGUAGAAUUAGUUGCUGUCUUUCUCUGUCCAGCUCAUACACACGCACACGUAGGACUCUCUGCCAGACCUGUGUCAGUCUCUGCAUGUCAAUCUCCAUUAGAGAUAACAAGGUUUACCCUGCUCCUAUAAUCCUAUAAUAAGAACCUGUCAGUGGCAGGGGAGAGACAGAGCAGCACAGAGGGAGACCAGGGAUAUAGAUGUAGGAUCUUAAUUUGACCUAUUUCUUAACAGCUAAAUAAUCUUGCAGCAACUGGAUCUGAAUGUUUUGUCCAUAAUGUUACUUGAUUGGUAGUUAGGCUGUUAGCUGGACAAAAGUAGGCUGCAUGAAAAGUGGAAAACUGUUAAUAUAACUGUGUGUUAGUGUGGGCUUUCAGUUAAUUUAAAUUUAUAUCACAAAGCUCACCUGCAUUUCCUGCGAUGCAGAAAAAUUCUCAGCAACAAAAGAGUGAUCAUGUUAAGAUCCUACAUCGGUACCUGGUCAUCCACCAAAAUAAGCCAUCCUCUCAGGGAAGCAGAUUAGCCUUUAGUUUAGCAUAGAGGCUCAGCUCCUGGUUCACACACAUGCACUCAUGAAGGCAACGCAUGAAGGACAUUCAGACACACACACCCCACACACACACUCACACACACACAGUCAAAACAUUUUAGUAAGUGAUUAUAUUGUUAAUCCACAACAGUCCUUAAAAGCGGAUUCAAAGUAACAACAAUUGUAAAAGCAUUAGAUCCAGUAUAACAGGUUGCAGUUUGGACUCUAAGCCCUCAGAUACUGUAUCCUCAAACAAGAAGAGAUUAAAACAUUGGAUCAGACUGCAUCAAGAGCCAUCCAUUUUACAACUAGAUGACAGACAUGUUAUACAUACAUUAUGUUUUAGUCAGAUUUAGCAGACGGUCUUAUCCAGAGCGAUUUACAAUCAAUUUAUUCAACUAAAGUAGGUAAAACCACCUUUCACAAUCAUUACAAGUAAAAGCUAUCCGUUAAGACCAGAGAUGGGAAAGGCCCAUGUUAACAGGAUUUAAAGAUUUAACCUUUAACCCUGGUGACUUUCCCGCUUUGUCUGUCUCAGCUCCCGGCGGGACGCGCAUUGAUGAGGGGGACAAGGCCAAGUUGACAGAACAUUGUGUGUUUACAACCGAGGAGAACCAUGCCAACCUCCGCCGCUAUGCUCAGGUUGGUAUACACAUACACACAGACAGACAGACAGACGGACACACAUGAAUGAAUGAAUGAAUGAAUGAAUGAAUGAAUGAAUUCACGAACACGCACAUGCACACACACGCAUGCAUACACAUACACUCUCUCUCUGUCUCACCAUUGACUCACAUCCUCAAACGUUAGCCUACAUUUUCUACCAAGGGAUGGGGGCUGGGGGUGGAGGGGAUUUUGGAGUUAAGACACCUGCAGUAAAGUGGUAUUAGACCUGCUAAUACCCACCAAACCCUGGGGAGUAUCCAGUUUGUCAACACUCCACGAUGACAUCCUUUUAAUAUAAUCCUCCUGGAUUAAACUCACAGCACUCCUGCACGAUCUGUCUCUAACUCUGUCUGCCUCUCUCUUUCUUUAUCUCUCUCUCUCUCUCUCUCUCUCUCUCUCUCUCUCUCUCUCUCUCUCUCUCUCUCUCUCUCUCUCUCUGUCUCCCUCCCAGCCUUCUGUCUGUCACUGAAUCUCAUGUCCCUCUGUGUGUCUGUGCGUUUCUGAAGGUUUUUAACAAGCUGAUCAGGAGGUACAAGUACCUGCAGAAUGCCUUUGAGGAGGAAGUCAAAAAGGUAAAGUAUUCACAGGAAACAGUCUCAUGAAGUCCCUUUAACUUUUAUACUUCAGUUUUUCAUUCUCCUACGUACUUGUGAUGAGAUGACAUAUCUUAAGGUGUGUAGACAUUUUGUAUCCUAUUGUCUUUAGUUUACAUAAUUGUGUUGUCCUGAUUGAUUGAUUAAUUGAUUGAUUGAUGGAUGUUUUAUCCUGUGUAUGUAGCUUAUGCUGUUCCUGAAGGCAUUCAGUGAAUCAGAGCAAACCAAGCUGGCUAUUUUGACUGGUAUCCUAUUGGCUAACGGCACUCUGCCCCCGCCCAUCCUCACCAGCCUCUUCAGCGACAAUGUUGUCAAGGAAGGUGAGUGUGUGUGUGUGUAGGGGGGGUUCGAUUUCUUGAAGCAUAUAUUUAUUUAUCUGUUUUUCUUCCAAUUUGUUCUCUUACUCUUGGUAUCUUGCAGGUAUCUCUGCGUCCUUUGCGGUGAAGAUGUUCAAGGCAUGGAUAUCUGAGAAAGAUGCCAAUGCAGUCACCUCAGCCCUGAGGAAGGCUAGCCUGGAUAAGAAACUCCUGGUAAGAAACACUUUAGGCAGGUAGCCUAGAGCAGUGAUUUCCAACCUUAUGUAAAAUAAUUCUGAGACUCCGCGAAUGGUGGUCCUCAAGAGCUUUUGACAGUGAUUUGGUAGUCCCCGGAAUGGAAAAGGUCGGGAACCACUGGCCUAGAGGUUAGAGAGCCUCUUUUAUUGUGCUCCGAUUAUAUUUCAGCCACAAGAUGGAGCUGUUGAGUGAAUUUGUAGAGUUGAAGUUCAAUGGAAGUUGUUUGAGCCUAGACUUGUUGUUUCUCUAGGAGCUUUUUCCUGCCAACAAGCAGAACGUGGAGCACUUCUCCAAGUACUUCAAAGAGGCAGGGCUGAAGGAGCUGUCAGACUUCAUGCGUGUGCAGCAGUCUCAGGGAACACGCAAGGAGCUGCAGAAAGAACUGCAGGAGCGCCUCUCUCAGGACUGCCCCAUACGAGAGGUACAGUACCAGAUACAGUGCCUUGCAAAAGUAUUCAUCCCCCUUGGCGUUUUUCCUAUUCUGUUGCAUUACAACCUGUAAUUUAAAUGGAUUUUUAUUUGGAUUUCAAAAAAAUUCAAUUGAAUAAAUCACGGAAAAGUGGUGCCUGCACAUGUAUUCACCCCCUUUGCUAUGAAGCCCCUAAAUAAGAUCUGGUGCAACCAAUUACCUUCAGAAGUCACAUAAUUAGUUAAAUAAAGUCCACCUGUGUGCAAUCUAAGUGUCACAUGAUCUGUCACAUGAUCUCAGUAUAUAUACACCUGUUCUGAAAGGCUCCAGAGUCUGCAACACCAAUAAGCAAGGGGCACCACCAAGCAAGCGGCACCAUGAAGCCAAGGAGCUCUCCAAACAGGUCAAGUUGUGGAGAAGUACAGAUCAGGGUUAGGUUAUAAAAAAAUAUCCAAAACUUUGAACAUCCCACGGAGCACCAUUAAAUCCAUUAUUAAAAAAUUAAAAGAAUAUGGCACCACAACAAACCUGCCAAGAGAGGGCCGCCCACAGAAACUCACGAACCAGGCAAGGAGGGCAUUAAUCAGAGAGGCAACAAAGAGACCAAAGAUAACCCUGAAGGAGCUGCAAAGCUCCACAGUGGAGAUUGGAGUAUCUGUCCAUAGGACAACUUGAAGCCGUACACUCCACAGAGCUGCGCUUAACGGAAGAGUGGCCAGAAAAAAAACAUUGCUUAAAGAAAAAAAUAAGCAAACACAUGCCAAAAGGCAUGUGGAAAUGGAAGCUUUUUGGCCAUCAAGGAAAACGCUAUGUCUGGCGCAAACCCAACACCUAGCAUCACCCCGAGAACACCAUCCCCACAGUGAAGCAUGGUGGUGGCAGCAUCAUGCUGUGGGGAUGUCUUUCAUCUGCAGGGACUGGGAAACUGGUCAGAAUUGAAGGAAUAAUGGAUGGCGCUAAAUACAGGGAAAUUCUUGAGAGAAACCUGUUUCAGUCUUCCAGAGAUUUGACACUGGGAGGGAGGUUCACCUUCCAGCAGGACAAUGACCCUAAGCAUACUGCUAAAGCAACACUGGAGUGGUUUAAGGGGAAACAUUUAAAUGUCUUGGAAUGGCCUAGUCAAAGCCCAGACAUCAAUUCAAUUGAGGAUCUGUGGUAUGACUUAAAGAUUGCUGUACACCAGCGGAACCCAUCCAACUUGAAGGAGCUGGAGCUGUUUUGCCUUGAAGAAUGGGUAAAAAUCCCAGUGGCUAGAUGUGCCAAGCUUAUAGAGACAUACCCCAAGAGACUUGCAGCUGUAAUUGCUGCAAAAGGUGGCUCUACAAAGUACUGACUUUGGGGGGGUAAAUAGUUAUGCACGCUCAAGUUUUCUGUUUUUUUGUCUUAUUUCUUGUUUGUUUCACAAUAAAAAAUAUUUUGCAUCUUCAAAGUGGUAGUCAUGUUGUGUAAAUCAAAUGAUACAAACCCCCAAAAAAUCCAUUUUAAUUCCAGGUUGUAAGGCAAAAAAAUAGGGAAAAUACGAAGUGGGGUGAAAACCUUCGCAUGCCACUGAACCAUGUCCUGCCUGUCACGAUUGUCGAACACAGUGGACCAAUGCGCAGCGUGGAAUGAGAACAUACUUUUAUUUAUUAGAGUACCACACGAACAAAACAACAAAACGAUACGUGACGUCCUUGGUAACAGACACAAACCAUACACGGAACAAGAUCCCCCAAACACUGUGGCAAAACAGGCUGCAUAAGUAUGGUUCCCAAUCAGAGACAACAAGCAACAGCUGACACUCGUUGCCUCUGAUUGAGAACCACCCCGGCCAACACAGAAACACAUGAGCUAGAUAAAGAACCUAUAACCCAAACACAUAGAAACUACACACCCUGGCUCAACAUAACAGAGUCCCAGAGCCAGGGCGUGACACUGCCGUUGUACUCUUGAACAAGCACCAAGAGAGCUGCAUUGCGCCCCACCCUGUGCUUCCAACCCCUCAUUGGGGUGUGUUUGUUUAUCUCUGGGUUGGGUUGUAUAAGCAAAAAUAAUAAAUUCCAUUCUUCUGUGGUUCUAGAUGGUAGUGUACGUCAAGGAGGAGAUGAAAAGGAGUGACCUCCAGGAGCAGGCUGUGAUUGGUCUGCUGUGGAACAUUCUCAUGAACGCUGUGGAGUGGAACAAGAAGGAGGAGUUGGUCACCGAGCAAGCCCUUAAACACCUUAAAGUACGUUAUCCUAACAUCAACCAUUAAUAAUGUAAAUCACUCCUAACCUAACCACUCUAUAACAACAUGAGAGCUGGUCACUUUGGAGGCUCUCAAACACCUCGAACACUAACAUCAACCAUGAAUGAAUGAAUGAAUGAAUGACUUUGUUGGUGGGGUGUGUAUCUUCUCCCUUUCAGCAUUAUGCUCCCCUGCUAGCAGCGUUCAGCACCCAGGGCCAGUCAGAGCUGGUGCUGAUACUAAGGAUCCAGGACUAUUGCUAUGACAACAUCCACUUCAUGAAGUCCUUCUCCAAGAUAGUGGUGCUCUUCUACAAAGGUCAGUAUUAUCAUCUUAUACAGGACACUGUUUCACACUAUUUCUAUGUAGAAAAAGAAAGAAAUGGUCUCUCUUUCAUUUGUCUUAGUAGUCAGGUUGGGGUCAAUUGCAUUUAAAUUUAGGAAGUAAACUGAAAUUCCAAUUUCACAUAAAUUCACAUAACUUCUCCUUGUGGUGCUAUGCUAAUUGUUCCUGUUCUGUCUCUCUUCUCUCCACCCAGCUGACGUGUUGAGUGAGGAGGCCAUUCUGAGGUGGUACAAAGACACUCACACCACCAAAGGGAAAGGUGUCUUUGUCGAGCAGAUGAAGAAGUUUGUUGAGUGGCUGCAGAAUGCAGAAGAGGGUAACGUUUACAUUUAAAUACAAGUUCAAGUUGAAGGUUACAUUUACAGGUAACCUAAUCUGUAACUGAAUAUAAAACCAUUGCAUUUUCAGAAAAUCAUUGUUGAAUCAAUGAAACUGGACUAUUAACGUUCUAUUGGGCUCCCGAAUGGUGCAGUGGUCUAAGGCACUGCAUCCCUGUAGCUCAGUUGGUAGAGCAUGGUGCUUGCAACGCCAGGGUUGUGGGUACAAUUCACAUGGGGGGCCAGUAUGAAACCCCCUCCCCCCAAAAAAACAUGUAUGAUCUUGAUAAGAGUGUCUGUUAAAUGAUGUAAAUGUAAAUCUCAGUGCUUGAGGCGUCACUACAGACCCCCUGGUUCGAUUACAGGCUGUAUCACAACCGGCCAUGAUUGGGAGUCCCAUAGGGCGGUGCACAAUUGGCCCAGCGUCGUCCGGGUUUGGCCGGUGUAGGCCGUCAUUGUAAAUAAGAAUUUGUUCUUAACUGACUUGCCUAGUUAAAUAAAGGUUAAAAAAAAAGAAAUAGACUUCCUGUUGGGCUGUAAUGUGCUCUCAACUGUAAUUCCUGUUUUCACCACGAAGAGGAGCUGUUUAGUCAUAAUCUCCUUGUUUAUUUUCCCCUGUAGAGUCUGAGUCUGAGGGAGAGGAGGAC